ACGAGUGUCCAGUUGCACAGGACAGACCGACGAGGAAAGGGGGAGGUUAACUGGGCAGUUCAGCAUGCCCCUUACAUUGACAUGUGGGACCAGCGGCUGCAGCACGUCGCGGAUGGUGCGCUUGUCCAAGGCCUGAUGGAGUAUCACGAUCCAUACAUGGUAUGGUACAGGAGCAUUACCCGACGCUUCAUCAACCCUAACUACACCCCACCCUCAACGCAUUACCACCCAGCUUUUGAAGACAUCAGUGGAUAUGCGUCUGAUAUGCUUGCUAUACAUGAUGCACUAGAAGUCUUGAGCAUAUCAUAUCCCACCAUACCGCAGUUGGAUGACAUUCACGCAAUGACUGUGAGUAGCUUACAGAGACAUGGUCAUGGCCAUCUUAUCCCCCAGGGCCGGGACCAAUCACACCGCCGUUCACACCGUGAGGUAGGCAGCAGUAGUAGGGGACAGACUCACACGUCCCCUACAGGGUCCCCCCUGUUUUUUGAUGAUCAGGAAGAUAUCGCCAUCCACAUGUCUGCGCCAUACUCAUCUCAGGAAGGACCAUCUUCCAGCCAACAGACUCCUCCCCAGACCUCUGCCCCAGAUCCUUUCACAACGGUAUCUCAGUACUACCGUCGUAGAAGACCGCGAUUGGAUAGACAACACUUACAUACAAUAGAUGAAUCGGGAUCUUAGAACUUCUUUUGUUAGUUGUAAUCAGAUUCUAUAGUACAUUGUAUCCAAAUAAAUAUUAUCAAUUUUACUAACCUUUUUAGUUCA